AUGUUUCAAGAAAAGACUGUGCUUCGAAUGAAUCAUCAGCAUGAUCUCGGAAUGAUGAACCACAUGCAACUACCAUCAUCAUCAACUACUUUGGACAAAGGCUUCAUCACUCCCAAUCAACAUGCUCCUCCGAAAAUUUCCAUCUCUUCUUCAGGUUUGGAUAGUGUUAGUAGUACCGCUUGUAGUAGUUUUGCGAUAACUCCUUCUCUAUUGGACGCCAUCAUGAUGGAAGAGGCCGGUGCUGUCAUGUCGCCUCCAUUGAUGAAAGCUUUUCAUUCAUCGGAAGGUACUUAUUUGAGCAACGGGCCUCAAAAUUCUCUUCACUACACAAUCAUCAUCGAGUAUAGGAAACAGCAUCACGAACGCAAUUUUUGGACAAUUCGUCUGACAACGACAAUACCAAAUGAUCAUCUACGAAAUUUAGUUUAUGGAGGGAAGAAUAGACUCACGCUCAUUUUCUAA